UCCGGCUACGCGAGGCUUUCUGUAGAUGCCCGUAUCUAAACAGCCAUGGCUAGAAAAAUGGAUGAAAUUCGGACUCGCAUCGAACUAAAAUCUCACAACGUCGAAAAUGCUAGCACUACAGAUUAUCCGGGCAACUACGUUGGAUAUGAUGAUUCUUGGAGCCUAGAGAAAUUUAAAAAGAAAUUUCGUGUUAAUAUUAUUCAUCUUACUGAUAAUGAAAUGGAGUUUGACAUGGUUGGAAUAGAUGCCUCUCUCGCUAACGCAUUUAGAAGAAUUCUUUUAGCGGAGGUGCCAACAAUGGCAAUAGAAAAAGUCUACAUGUUCAACAAUACAUCUGUCAUACAGGACGAGGUUCUUGCUCACAGACUUGGUCUUAUUCCAAUAUAUGCCGAUCCAGAAAAGUUUGAGUUCCCGUCAAACAAUAGCAGAGCAACAGAUGGUGGAGAGAAGGAUAUGAUUGCGUUUACUUUGAAUGUCAAGUGCAGUAAGAAUUCACGAGCUUCGAAAACGGCAACAGAUCCGACCGAUCUGUAUCUUCAUUCUAAUGUGACAUCUGCUGACCUAAAAUGGUGUCCCAUUGGCAGACAAGCUGAAAUGUUCAGUCCUAACGAGAUCAGACCAGUCCAUGAUGACAUUCUGAUCGCCAAACUGAGACCUGGGCAGGAAAUAAACAUGAAGGUUCACUGCUUCAAGGGAAUCGCACAAGAUCAUGCCAAGUUUUCGCCAGUCUGCACCGCUUCCUACCGUCUACUUCCAGAAAUCGUGUUAACGUCAAUUGUCGAAGGAGACAAGGCAGAACGACUGUCCAAGUGCUUCUCUUCUGGAGUAAUAGAGAUUGAGGAAGUCAAUGGAGUCAAACGAGCUAAAGUGGUCAAUCCGCGGUUGGACACGUGCAGCAGGGAAGUCCUACGGCAUGAUGAUCUCAAGGACUGCGUGCGACUGCAUCGAGUGCGCGACCACUUCAUAUUUUUGGUCGAAUCGACGGGUGCCAUGCCUCCGGAAGUCAUCGUAUCUCGAGCUAUACGGCUGCUGGAGAAGAAAUGCAGUAACUUUUUGUUCGAAAUGGAUAAACCUACGACAGAUGAAGACGAGCAAUAGCUUUAGUAGUGUAGCGGAUAUUGCCUGUGAUAUACUGAAGCAGCUGUGAGUCAGGUGGAGGUCUCUGGUCUCAACCCAA